CCUUCUCCUUGGGGGAUGUUGUCGGACGUGGCUGCGGGCACCCCACACCCGCCUCGGUGGCCGAACCCCCCCGGACGGGGGGGUUCGGCCACCGAGGCGGGUGUGGGGCGCCCGCCGGUGCCUCCCUCCUCCCCGCCCUCCUCAGGGCUGGAGCCGCCUCCUCCCGGCGUGUUCCGGUCGGCAGCGGGAGCGGCGGGGCCAGGCCCGGCCAUGUCGGGGGACGGCGAGGGGGACCCUGCGGCCUUCGUGGCCCUUCACGGGGCCGCGCUCCGAGCCUCGGGGGUCCCGGCGAGGUACUGGGAGAGCCUGAGCCGAAAGCUGCGGGGAGAGGUGUUUGAUGCUGGUGACUACUUUGGGAUAAUGCAAGUGGAAGAGGUGGAUGAUGAGGAAGAAGGUGAUGAAGAAAUGGAAGAACAAUUAAAAAAGAAGCCAAAUCCUGGAAAUGGACCUUGUUUCAAAGUUAUUGUAACAAAUGAGAAUGGGCUUCAAGCCUCAAAUCCCAAUAGCGUUUUCCUGAUCGACCACGCCUGGACAUACCGUGUGGAACACGCCCGGCAGCAGCUGCUCCACGUGCCCGGGCUGCUGCACAGGAUGGCCAAUCUCAUGGGAAUCGACUUCCACGGCGAGAUCCCAGACGAGGGCAGCAUCGAGCAAGUGCUGCAGGAGAUGUGGAAAUACAACCAGACCUACCAGCUCUCUCAAGGGACUGCAGAGGAGAAGGUUCCUGUCUGGUACAUCAUGGAUGAGUUUGGAUCACGCAUCCAGCACUCAGACCAGCCUAGUUUUGCAACAGCGCCUCUGUUUUAUAUGCCCCAGCAAAUUGCUUACACUGUUCUCUGGCCUUUGAGAGACCUGGACACCGGUGAUGAAGUCACUCGGGAUUAUGCUCAUGGGGAAACAGAUAGAUUGAUCAGGAAGUGUGUUUUGUUACCCUGGGUGCCUGAGGAAGUGUUGGAUGUCAGCUGCUUCACACCAGAGCCAUCAGAUGAGUAUUACCAGGCCAUUUUAGCAGAAAACAAGGAGAAACUGCCUGUAGUGAUAAACCCACCGGUUUAUGCCAAAGACAAAGUUUUCAAGGUUUUCACAGACAUUCAGCAAGUCCUCAACAACCUGACCCAUCCCCGUUUUGUGUUCACAGACAGCGAGGGGCAGGCAGACAUCCUCUACAACUUCUCACACUUCAAAGAUUACAGGAAGCUCAGUGAGGAGAGGCCUGAGGUGCUGGUGAAUCAGUUCCCGUGUGAGAACCUCCUGACUGUCAAGGACUGCCUGGCCUCCGUUGCCCGACGAGCUGGAGGCCCAGAUGGGCCCAGGUGGUUGCCUCGGACUUUUAACCUCCAGACAGAGUUGCCUCAGUUCAUCAGCUACUUCCAGCAACGUGACAGAAGAGGAGAAGACAACCACUGGAUAUGCAAACCAUGGAACUUGGCCAGAAGCCUGGAUACCCACAUCACCAACAGCCUUAACAGCAUCAUCAGGCACAGGGAAAGCAGCCCAAAGGUAGUGUGCAAGUACAUUGAGGAGCCAGUGCUGUUCCACAGGGAGGACGUGGGGAUGGUGAAGUUUGACAUCCGUUACGUUGUGCUGCUGAGGUCCAUAAAGCCUCUCAGGCUGUACAGCUAUGAUGUGUUCUGGCUGCGUUUCUCCAACAGGGCAUUCUCACUUGAUGACUUGGAUGACUAUGAGAAGCAUUUCACAGUCAUGAAUUAUGCUCCUGGUGUAACAUUAAAACAGGUACACUGUGAAGACUUCAUUCCUCUGUUUGAAAAACAAUAUCCUGAAUAUCCUUGGACAACAGUACAAGCAGAUAUUUUUAAGGCAUUUGCUGAAUUGUUCCAAGUUGCUUCAGCUAAACCUGCACCUCUUGGCAUCUGUGAUUAUCCCUCAUCAAGAGCAAUAUAUGCCAUUGACUUGAUGCUUAAAUGGGACACCAGCAGAGAUGGGAAGAGAAUCAUGCAGCCUCAGAUCUUGGAGGUGAACUUUAAUCCUGACUGUGACAGAGCCUGCAAAUACCACCCCACCUUUUUCAACGAUGUCUUCAGCACCCUGUUCCUGGACGAGCCCGACGGCUGCCACGUGACGUGCAUUGUGUAGCCACAGGAGGCACGACUCUCAUCAGUCUCCUUCUCAGAUAUGCUUAACAGCAAGAUAAAUAUUUCAGUUCUAUGAGCUGCUGAGGCAACUAUUUUCCUAUACUGAUAACCAAGGGAAAAAAUAUUAUCAGAAGAAUAAGCAUAUACUGUGUUGAUAAUCACGUUGUCUGCGUUUCCCUUGUCUUCCUUUGUUCUUUCUGUAAAUCAUUGGUGUGUGUUAAAAGUGUCUUGUUUAUUGAAUAUGGGAGACCUCAAAACAGGACAGUAAUUAGGGCAGUGGACUUGUUUUUCAGGUAGCCUGAUUGCUUGCUUGCUGGGAAGCAUUGCACAAGUUCCCUGUGUCAGCAUUAAAACUAAUUUACUGAAUAA